AUGAAAAAAACAGCAGCCAACGACACAGAUGACGAUAUAUUCCCUUUGACACCCAAUUCGAAGAGUUCGCGCCGUGACCUCAACAGCAGACCUUUCGAUGUCGAUGAUUCAUCGGGCACCAUCAACGAGAAUGCUAGGGAUACGUAUUUGAAGAUUCUGGGAGAACUUGGCACAAACUCCUUUCUUUGUGCUGUUCAAUACCUGGAAGCAGUUCGUGAACGCUGUCGCAUGAACUACCAUGCCGCGUGCUGGGAAAUCUCGGAAUUCGAGAGGGGAAAAGCUCUCGCUCGCUCCAUGCGUGAAGAUUCAAAACGCGACUUCUCGAAGGCCGAGCAAGAAGUGCAGCAUUUAAUGGAAAUGUUUCAUCAACGCCUGUCAUUGUCCCGUCGUGGCGCCUCAGCAAGUUCUUGUCCUACUGAAGUCCGCGACAGUAUCAGGACUUCUAUCCGUCGAACGGAUGCUGUACUCGGCAUCCUAAAUGAUGCCAAAGAGAUGCGCUCUGCGGAUAGCUGUGAAUACGUACCACCGGUGCAGACCAUUCAUUGGCUUCUUCUAAGUUUUCACCAUAAUCCUGGUGCCAACUUCUCAAGAAAAUUUCAUCCAAGUCCAACUGUCCAUGGUACUACUAGUUGUAACUUGAACUUGAAAGGCGUCUUGGCAACACGGUACUAG